AACAAGGUACGCUAUUCAACUACGCGCCCCGGCCACAUUCGCGACGGAGAGCACAUCGUCUCUACAACGACUGCUCUUCUCUGCGUACCUGUGCCCAAAUCACCAGUUCAGGGACGUGAUAAACCUCCCGCAUCAACUACCAAGUAGGCUCGUAUCAGCUUUUGCGUCGAUUAUCAACGCGCGUUGAACGAGAACCGAUCUGCGACUCGGCGCAUACUUCUGACUCGACAUAUGGUCGUAGCCACGCCGCUCCGAUUUCUCUUACCUCGAACCGUGGUCGAGACGAGUUAGGGUGGCGCGCCGCCAUGGACGCCAAACGGAAGGCGAGUCCCGCAGGAGACGGUAACACCGACACCAGCAACAGCAACAAAAAUAUAAAGCGACGCAGGAUGCCGGGUCCACCCACAGAUUACGACCUCAUGAAGGGCGAAUCCCAUGAAUCUACCACUGCCUAUGGUUUGCACUUUCUUGAGACCAUUCGCCGGACUAAAGAUAAGAGUGGCCGACUCGUUGCAAGCUACUUCGAAGAUCUGAUUCCGCGAGAAAGCAACAAGGAAUACUAUGAGCGCAUCCGCAUGCCACUUUCUCUAAAGAUCAUUGAGCAGAAACUUCAGAACCAGGAGUUCAAGAAUCUCUCAGAGCUCGAGAGUUAUUUCAAGCGCAUGGUCAUGAAUGCGAAGGAGUACUACUCCAAACACUCAGACAUCUUCGAAGACGCGGAGCGCGUGCGAAAGGCGCUCAGCAACUACAUGACCAAGACAAACCCGGCAUACAAAUUGAUCCCCAAUUACGCCUGCCAAGCAGCGCCCAUUCCAGCUGACAUGCAGGCCGAGCCGGAGAAUCUCGCCGCGUCCCGUCGCGGAAAGGAGGAAGACGAAGAUGUGGAUAUGGAUGCCGAGGGAGAGGAAGACGUGCAGGGCCACGAAGAGGAUGCGCAGGGUGACGAAGAUGAAGGCGAUGAAGGAGAAGACGGAAAUUCCAAGAAGAUCGUACUCAAGCGGAGACCCGGCAGACCCAACAGGGCUGGAUCGGAGGCAUCCCAAAAGCCGGAGAAGAGCGGUCGGACCAAAGCAGACCAUGAGUACGAGGGCGUGCCGUACAGAGGUCUCUCCUUCCAGCAAGCGCAGGAGAAAAUAGUCGAAGAGUUGAUCCGGAAGUCGGAUGGAUCAGGACCGUAUUUCCUGGACUUCAUCAACCUGCCCCCGCGUAGCUACAAAGAAUACUUCGCUGUCAUCACAAACCCGCUGUCUCUGAAGGGUUUGCAGAAGCUCGUCAAGGGCAUUCAUGGCCGACAGCCUGCAACCGGGGUCAGCGACUUCAAAAACUGGGCAGCAUUCGAAGAGAAGGCGAGCCUUCUCUGGAGCAAUGCGCAUUACUACAACGAGGAAGGAAGCGAGAUCUAUACACUGGCCACGGAGCUCAAGCAAUGCUUCGAGAACGAGCUCAGCGAGGCGAAGGCCGUGGUCCAGGAACCACCUCAGCCGAAGAUCAAGCUCAAGAUUGCUCCUGGCCAAGAGACGCCUGUAGUUGGUUCUAAGAAGAUCACUAUCCACGUCGGCGGAUCGCGGAGCAGCACGGCGGCCUCUCCGGCGCCCCAGACAGGCCAGUCGAUUGACUCAAGUCGUCCCGAUGCGGCGCCGAACGCCAACCGCGACGCGAUGCCUCCCAUAGCGAUUGCGACCGGCGUCGGCUCUCAGGCCGGCAGCGGCAGGGCUCAACCUGUCUCGGUGGCGCCUUCGACUUCUUCCCUUGUCGGUGCUCCUGGGUCGGGCGUUGGGCCUCAACAACAUCCCGCUGCCCCCCAGCAGCCCAACGGCCAUGCGCCGGUCGUGGCUAACGGCCAGAGCGGAAUUCCCGCUCCCGGUCAGAACCAACAGCCGCUGGUUGUGAACGACCACUAUCAGACCCAACUCGGCCGGGUGGUUCCCAUGCCGCCUCCAAACGAGGCUCCCACCCCGGAGCCCACGUGGUACUACCACUAUCGGGCGCCCGGUAGAAGCGAUGCUGAUUCUCUACUGCCGGAGGUUUUGAUCCGGACGCACCCGAGUAUCCCUUUGCAGCCCCGGUUCAGGGAGGUGGUUCUGGCGCACCCUAAGGAGGCGUUCCAGACCGUCGUGUUCAUCAUUCCGGCGGGACAUACUCGACUGCAGGUCAUUCCUCGCCUGAGGCCGUUCCAGCAAGAGAUGAGACCGUUCGGUAUUUUCUUCAUGGUUGACGGUCAGCUCAUAUCACGGGCAACUCCACUGCCUGUCACAGAUGACCCGCUGCCGCAGGACGCCUUUGUCUACGAAGCGAAUCUGCACCCAGGCACAACGCAGAUCCAAGUCGAGGUCGUUGCCUGUCUGCCGAAGGGACAGAAGCUGGCGAACGGCGCAGUGGGGGAGGUGGAGAGGUUGACCAUCUCGAAAGUCCCUGAAGCCGAUUACAGGUGCGAUAACGUGCAUGGUUUUAACAACGACUUCUCUGCCAACGCCGGGACGAGACCACCACCACCACCAACACCACCACCCAACAUGUACCCCGAUGCUGGAACCCAACUGCACCUCCGCGGCGGCGCCCUAGCAGACGGUUCAGGCUACAACCCCAGCGGUGUUGUUGCCGGCCCCUUCGACUCCCCUCGGCGGCGCCGCGGCCGCUCUGAGUCACGACGACGAGGUGCUCGAUCCAAUGGUAGUCAUACUCCCCAGCAACGACAGCAGGAGGAGCGGAAUCAUCUCCUCCCAUCCGGCGAGGAGGAGGAAUACAUAGCCGUGCCCCGGGACCCCCUCUACAGCAAGCGAGCUCGCCAGCUCGGCAUCGAGGACAGUCUGCUCUGUCCCGCACCGCUGCCGCCUCCCGAUGCGCAACGGCUGCCCUGGCCCUGGCCCUGGUCAAGCGGCGGUCGAAGGAGGAGUCUGGGCGAGCUAACGGCGGGUCGCUGGCGGCCCACGAGGACGCGUUUCACUGUGCGUUGGCCGCGUGAGGAUGAGCUUCCUACGGAGUGGUAUGAGGGUGUCUAUACGCAUCUGUAUGGCACGGUGAGGGGGCUUGUGCGGGAGUAUUUCGGGUACGGGGAUCUUCCGGUUGUUGCUGGUCGAAGAGGAGGAGGAGGAGGAGGAGGACGAGGUGGUGGUGUGUGGCUCGAUGGAGGGUUCCCCAAGCAGUUUAUGUGGUUUGUCGAGAAGGUGGCGAUGCAGGAUAAUAAUCUGGCGGGCGGCUGGGAUGAGCUGCUCGUGAGGAGGCCGCUCCGGGAGUACUUUGUGACGGGGGUUGUUGCGAAGGCGUUGGAGACGUGCGUGUUUGAUGAUCUGCUGUUUGGCGCGGAUAAGGACCAGAAGGGCAUGCUGGAGGCUCAGGACAGGUGCACACUUGAGCUGGAAGGUUACCAGCGGACAAGGCUGCGCGCGCAGUGCGUCCGCACCGUCCUCGGGGGCGACAUCCUCACGCCGGAGUUCUGGCCUCGCGUCGACCAGCUCGCGCUGCAGCUUGCGACGCUCCUUCUGCCUCUGCUUCGCAUCAUGGAUAAGUCGUUCCCAGCCAGCCAGGCCAAGUCACUACGCAGCAUCUACCAGGAGCUGCACGCCAUUGUUUCUGAGGCUGGACACCUGUCCAUCGGCAUCCGCCGGUCGCAGAAUAUCUUCCGCUUCUCGUUUCCCUUCCCCGGUGAGGUGUGGGAUCUCGACCAGCAGGAGGUGGACGACACCGUCUACAAGAUUUCUGCGGCGGCGAGCAACAGGGCCGAUAAGGCCGCGGAGGCGAAGUGGACGGCAAGCCAAGAGCGCAGGCGACGUCAGGAGGAAGAGGUCGUCGACUCUAAUCCCAUCACUUCGGCUCGACGCCGGUUCAACUCUGCCUGGCGUCGCGUCCUGGGCCGACCAGCCGACGAAGAUGCUGAUGGUGAUGGUGACAAAGGCGGCGUCGGGGACGUAUGGCGCCGCCCCUCUCGUAUAGCCAAGGUUCAGAUCGUCUUGUGGCCCCUGCUGCAACGGUUCGCAACCGUCGGCGAGGUCGACUCACAGACCGGGGUGGCCGACGGUGAAAAUGUCACCACCAUCCUGCGAUCCCAGGUCGUCUACUACCGCGGCUAUGCUGCCGAACCUGUGGAGCAGAACGAGCACUACCCAACUUUGGACGACUGGGUGCAUGAGCACACGAGAAAGCAGACGUGGAACUCGCUCACGGUACUGCGCUGGGUUGCGUACGCUGCUGCCACCUGGCUGCUCUGCAAUUGGCUUGUGCGGUAUAGUCCCGUCGCCGAUGAUAUCGUCCAUAUCGUCCGGUAUGGGCUGGAAGGGACCGUCAAAUACAUCGUCCGGGAAGCUCUCCUCUUCGUGAUUGAGGUUCUGAUCACGGUCAUUACGUUUGCCGUCAGCGUCGCCAACACGGUCAUGAUUGUGGGCUAUAGAUUUAGGGAUGCUCUGGGCCGGCUAUUUGGGUUCGAAGAGGGAUGGUACGGUGUGUAUCGCAGGGACGCCAAUGCUGACACUGGGGGUCCGGUUCGCUAAAGUCAUGGGAGGCUAAUGGACCUAUCUAACAGUAGAGUGAGAAAGAUUUAAGACUGCAGUCAAGGGCGUCACUUUGUUUCACUUUUGACGAGGAAGAGAUGGAGAUUCCCGGUCAAUGGGUCGGAUCAUG